AUGGUGGCACCAAUGAUUACUUUUGGAAAAUUAGAAAAUUAUUGGGCAAUCGCUGAAGUAGUACGGUUGCCUCCCAAGAUUGAGAAUCACCGGAUCACCGGAUCAACCGAUCAACCCGAAUUAACUAUUUUCCGAAAAUUAAAACAACGCCAAAACGC